GGAACUCAGAAAAAAGAACACUUACGUGUGGAAGAUCCACAAAGGCUUUGUAAAAGGGGUGUUAAUGUGAAAGCCUUGAAGAGCAAGUAGGAGUUUCACAGGUGAAGAAGAGAAUGGGUUUCCAGGCAGAAAGAAAAGAGUUAUGAGGUGGAGCUAUAUACCUUUCUGGAAUUGACAUGAUUCAUGGCACACCCGUACUUGACAUAAAGCCCUACAUAGCUGAUUAUGACUCACCACAAAAUUUGAUUGAGCCUCUAGGGGACUUUAAUUUACAGAAUAAUCAAUAUACACCAGAAACCAUGUCCCCAUCUGAUGGCAAGAGUGCCAGCUGUGAACAACAACAGCUCUCAGGGUGUGAUGAACCACAACCCAACAGUUGCAUUAAGGAGAAACCUGAAUGUCCUGAAGACAGAACUUCAGGAGAAAACUACGUGAAACACAACAUGGCAAAAAUCCAGCAAAACUCACCUAACUACAUGGAGAGAACAGCAGAUUUUGAAUCAAGAAGUGAUCAGAGUAUGAGUGUAGCAGAAGAGCAAAUUGGCCCAUAUUGCCUGGAGAAGAGCUUUUCAGAGGAAGGUACAGAAAAAAGGCUUAGAAGACAGGAAGAGGCAGCAGUCCCAGAAGGAAACAAUGCAGAGGUGCAGCCCACGGCUCUUCACUGCCCUUCCAGGGUGUCUGACGCCAGUGUGGUACCUGCCUGGGUGAGAGAGGCCCCUGUGGCCACCUUGGAAGUCCGGUUUACUCCUCAUGCAGAGAUGGACCUUAGGCACCUCAGUUCAGAAGAUGUCAGUCGAGCUUCAUUUAAAUAUUUUCAAUCAGCAGAGGAAGCAAAGCAUGCCAUUGAGGCUGUGUUGUCAGCUGACCCUCGGUCUGUAUAUCGACGGAAGCUCUGCCAGGAUCGCCUCUUCUACUUCACUAUAGAUACAGCACAUGUGACUUGCUGGUUUGGCGAUGGCUUUGCAGAGGUUGUAAGGAUCAAGCCAGUUUCUGAGCCUGUAUAGAUGGCUGACCCUGUGGAGUCCUUGGUGUCUCUGGGAUUGUGAGUAGCCUCCAUCAUGUCUUUAGAAGCCUAAUUGAUUUUGAAUGUGGCCAUUAGAUUUUCUGUACAAGCUAAUGACAUGCCUUCUUUGUAGAAAGAAGCAACACUUUGUGAUCUCACUGCUUUGAUUGAUUUGGGUUCUUCAGAAUACUUAUUAGACAAACAUAUUUUAAUAAAUUGAGAAGGAGAAA